AUGCACAGGAACCGGCUAGGAAAACGUGUACUCGCUAAAGCACUAUUGGCAGAAACAUUCAAACUAUUUGAAAACACCAUUCCUCCAAUCACACUAAAAUCACCUGUGCCUAUUGAAACUGUACCAUUGGAAGAAAUACAGACAGUGUCGUCAAAAUACUCAUUCAAAAUUAAUGAAACAGCUGAAGGGAAGACUUCAUAUGCAGCAGCACCUGUAUGUGAAUCAACACAAACAGGUCUUCUAUACAAAAGCAAGACAGCACCAGCAGUCACAACUCAAGUGGGAAAAGUUAGUCCACUAUCAACUUGUGAAGCAGCAGCAGCACUUAAGGAGGAAGAACGAUCACCAAUAGCAGAAAUAGUAACACCAACUGUGACAGGAUCAAGCAUACCAGCUGACAGUGUAGAAACCUCACCAACAGAAGAUCCACCCUAUAUGGCAAAAAGGAGCACAGUAGAGACUGCAGCUGCUCCACAUAGGAUGUGCCUGAGGUCAAGAAAGUCCUCAGCUGCAAAUAGUGAUUUUUUUAUGGUACUGGGGCAGAAGGGGGAAGGUUCCAAUCAGAAUGGUGACGAGGUGCUGGUGGCCGUGCAGGAGGGCGUACUGAGAGGCAGCACAGCCACGAGCGCCUACAACACGACGUACUCCGCCUUCCUGGGCAUUCCGUACGCCGAGCCGCCGGUUGGCGACCUACGCUUCGAGGCGCCACGACCAAUAGCGGGUUGGGAGGGCGUGUUCAACGCCACAGAAUAUGGCAGCAAUUGUGUACAAGAGGACGGCAGUGGGUCGGAGGACUGCCUCUACCUGAACGUGUACGUGCCUGGCGUUCCAGCGGAAGGCGCAGCGCUGCCCGUCAUGUUCUGGGUGCACGGCGGGGGUUUCUCACACGGCAGCGGCGAUGGUCGUGAGUUCGGGCCUGAUUUUCUCGUCUCGUAUGGAGUCAUACUGGUCACUGUCAACUACCGCUUGGGCCCGCUCGGCUUCCUGAGCACAGGUGACGAGGUUGUUCCUGGCAACGCUGGCCUCAAGGACCAGCAGCUGGGGCUCUCCUGGGUGCAGAGGAACAUCGCCAGCUUCGGCGGGGAUCCACAGCUUGUGACGCUCUUCGGUCAGAGCGCUGGUGGGGUUUCUGUUUCACUGCAUCUCAUGUCACCUGGAUCUGCAGAUCUGUUCUCGCGGCUGGUGGACCAGAGUGGCACAUUCGUAGCCUGCAUGUCCGUGGUACGGGAUCCCCGAUACCACGCCUUCAGACUGGGCUCUGUCCUCGGCUACGAAGCUGAAAACUCACAGCAACUGUUGCAGUUCUUACGCUCUGUCAACGCCACUGACCUACUAGUGGAUAACUCACUCUUAAUGACAGAUGAGCAAAAUCUCUACUUCUCAUACAGCGUAUGGGCACCUAACAUCGAACCGGAUAUCGAAGGUGCAUUCAUAUCACAGUCUCCUAUACGGGCUGUGAAUGAAGGUCGCUUUAACCAGGUGCCUAUCAUGACUGGCGUGACCUCCGCUGAGACAGGUGCUGGUAUUGUAAAUAAGUCAGACCUUGUAACUAACCUUAACAAGACAUUCGAAAAAGUGGUGGGACCUUGCCUACAUUUGUCGACGAUAGAAGAGCAGACUCAAGCAGCAGACAAGCUUAGGAACUUCUAUUUUGGAAACGAAACUAUCAGUACCGAUCAGCCGCAACCUUUAGUUCACCUUGAUGUAGAUUUAAAUUUCUUCAACCCCACUGAUGCAAUGGUGAGAAGAAUAACGGAAGUAACUAACUUGUCAGUCUACUACUAUGAGUUCGACUAUCAUUCGGAUGAUACCUUCGUGAACGAAUUUGGAGUUGGACAUAGCGGUGAACUACAAUUUCUCUUCCUGCGGACGGAUCUGGACAUUAGUUAUAACCUGGAUCCGAAAUCAGAAGAGGAUCAAGUACGAAGAAACAUUCUGCGCCUCUGGACCAACUUCGCGAGAUAUGGAAACCCGACACCAGUUGCAGAUCCUGUGGUCUGGGAGCCCUACGACAUGACGAGGAGGAGCUACCUUCUGAUACAAGCCAACAUCACGCUCGGCCACGAGAAGGACAAGGACCGCAUGGACUUCUGGGACGAGAAUGUACCGCUGCAGCCGUUCCCUGGAACAUAG